AUGGAUUCUGUAGAAUCGGACAAUGAAGAAGAUGACAUUCAACUGGCUGUGCUUGUUACAAACAUGGCGAGUAGACAUAAUUUUGAGGCAGUAUUAUUGAAACAUUUCAGAUUCCCAUCAGAUGACAUUUUGACAUCCUUCGGCAUACUGUCCAUGAGUCCCAUCAGCUUCUUGAGUGAUGACAAAGUUGACCAGUUUGGCAGUAAAGAGCUUGAUAUCCUCUGUCGUCACUAUGGUCAGGAGAAGGUGGUCUCUUGGAAGGAGGGUAAUGACACUAAGGCCAAGUCUUCACCAGCCUUUGUCUGCUCAGAGCAAGCUCAGGAAGAGUGCAGUUUGCUAAAGAAGAUUUCUGAGGAAGGCGUGUCAAUCCUCUCGCCCAUCUUAUUUGGCCGGUCCAGUUGUCCGGCCCCUGAAACGCCUUCCAAUUCUCAGGAAGCACUUAUGCCUGAAACCCCUGAAACCCCAUCUACUUCUCAGAGAGAUGCCUCUGCAUCAAGUAUGUUUGUCCCCGAGACGCCAGCUUCACAACUUCCAAAUCUGGAAAACUGUGAUAUUUCUGUGAUUCUGAACCUUCCAGAAAUUCCAACGUUUGAAUGUAUGCCGUGUAAAAAGAAGUUUAAAAAUCGGGCGACAUUGCGAUCUCAUCAGAUAAGGAAACAUGAAAUUGAUUUUAAUAUCAGCUGUGAAUUGUGUAACAUGUCCUUCUUCAAUACAGAGUUAUUGAAGGAACAUAGAGCCAAGUUACACAAACAGAAGGGUCUUUGUCGCUGCAAAACCUGUUUCAAAGUGUUGAGCAGCUGCAGAGGCAUGCGACAGCACGUGAAAUCUCAUUCUGAGGAAGUGCACAAAUGUACGGAACGUAAUAAAUUCUUCAAUUCCAAGCAGGCUUUGAGGAGACACAUGAAAUCACAUGAUAAAGAAUUUAUUUGUGAACUGUGUGACAAACAGUUUGCAACCAAAUUUCAGUUAAAGGUACAUGGUUCUGUACAUCAGGUGAACCCUGACAUGUACCAGUGUGACCAGUGUCAGUACCAGAGCAGAUGGUACUCCUGUGUGAAGAGACAUGUUACAAAAAGUCGAUGGUAG